AUAUAUGCAAGAAGUUCAACCUCCUAGAGAAUCUUUAGUGAAAUAUGAAAAUCCUAUAGAAGUCAGUAAUGUAAAUGAAGCCACCAGAGGACUUUAAGGAAAAAAGAAAGCUUAAUUAUCUCCUUUAGAAUCAAAACCAAACACAGAAGUAAUAUAAUCAAUUUCAAAUAAUAAAGGAUAUUUUGAAUGCUAUUUUACCGCCUAUUGAGUGGGAUCAUGAAGGGAAACACUAUAUUUAAUAUGUAUCACAUGUAGCAGCAACAAGAGAAGAUGUUGGCAAUUUAUAAAAACUUUUAGAUGAAAGAUUAUUAGCUAGAUAAGCAAGGUAUUUUAUAUUCAAUAACAUUAUUCUAGAGAAACAGGUAUUUGUCCAAUAAGAGAAGAAUUGUUAAGUCAAUGUUUUGAUGAAAUCAUUAGACAAGUUACAAUUGACUGUUCAGAAAGAGGUAUUCAUUUAUAUUUAUCACUUAGGGCUACUUUUAAUGAGAGUGAGAGAUGAACUUAAAAUGACCAUUGCAGCAUAUUAAACAUUGUACAAUUCUUCUGUUACUUUUGGAAUGAGGAAACAACUUUAAGCAGAAAUGGGUAAAAGUGAAUUAGAAGAAAAAAUUGUUUAGUUGGAACAAAGAAAAUAAAAGUUAGAAGAAAAAGUAUUCAUUUCAUUUAUUUAGAGAAUCGAUUUACUAAAUAAGAAGGAUUCACUUGAUAAAAAGAUUAAAGAAAGAAACUAAAUUGAAGAAUAAAAGAGAAAAUAAGAAAUUGAAUUCCUUAAAUAUUAAGGAUAACAUUUAGAAGCCUUCCUUAAAUCUGUACAACCAGAAUUGAAAUGAAUAAUGUCUAUAUAUAUAUAUUGAUCAUUUUUUAUGAUAAAG